AUGGCCAGACUUACCAUCGUCCUCGUGUGCAUCGCCCUCCUGCUCCUAAGAGCUGAGUCGAAGGGCCCACCACCGGGUAAAGGUCCCGACAACGGCGGAGGCAAUGGGAAGCCUGGAGGCGGCGACACUGGAGGAGGCUCCGGCGGAACUACCGGCGGAACUACAGGCGGAACUACCGGCGGAGAUAACGGCGGCGGCGUCAAGCCCGGCGGAGAUAACGGCGGCGGUGGCAAGCCCGGUGGAGGUAACGGCGGCGGCAAGCCCGGAGGUGGCGGCGGGCCCCCCAAGAAGCCCUUCAAGCCGACUGUGCUCGGUGCUCCCAAGGGCAACGCGUGGGGUAAGGUGUGGAAGAUGCAGCCCCUUUAUGUGAUGAUGUUCGUGAACACUACUGCGGGUAACAGCACCGUUGCUGGAAAGUUCAUGCGCAACAAGUAG